GCGGGCGGGCAGCUGUUGGCAGCGCACCGUCUGGGGGCUCGCGCGGGGGGCUGCAGCUUUUCCCGGCCCGGAGCAAGUGUGCGGGGCCGGGAGGAGAGCCGGGGGUAGCGGGCCGGGCCCGGGGCUGCGGCUGCGGCUGCGGCCCCCCAGCCCCGCCAGCCCGAGCGCUCGGAGGUAGAGGAGAGGUCUGGACAGGGUGGCUGGACCAACGGCAGAAUCCAGUGCCAGACUCUGGACUUGAGGGUUCUAGGCUGUGGUCUAUAGAAGCAAAGGAGAGAAGGACUCAAAUCCAGGCCAACUGUAUGGCUGUCUGAGGUGUUGGAACAGAAGGAGGUCCAUUCCCGUUGGUGACAACACUGUGGCCCUGUUCUGGGAUGACCGAGGUAUAAAGGGAAUUGGUAGCAUUCCCAACUGUGUAACCGCCUUCAGGAGCUAGUAGCUUUGGUCAUAGGAAGGAGAAGAAACUCCAUGAACGGUGGACUCAACAAUGACUCUUUCCUCCUGGGCUGAGCUCAUGCAGCAAGGGAUUUUGGGCACACCACUUCGCAGCCCAGUGGGUGCGAUCUGGAAAUGCUGCUGGGAGUGUGCGAGUGGGAAGCACUCAGGGAAUGCCGGGGCCGCUGGGGGACAGACGGACAGACGUGCUCUGGAGUCUCGCCAGGAGCAAGUGGCAGACCUAGGGUUUCUAUAGUAUUCCGGACAAUACCGCCCCCUGCGAAAAUGCAAAUACUUCACAUCCGUCCUGUUUGAUCUAUUCCUCCCGAGGACACACGUCCACGGUUUCCCCCAAGAAAGAGCAGCUGAGUCCUUGCAUCUUGUGGCAACUGGUGUGCCCAGCACCCAGUCCGUCGGAGCUGAAGGCAGCCCGGCCCCUUCUCAUGGGCAGCGCCCACCUGUGCUGAGGUCCUGCGGGAGUGGCGGUGAGAGGAGCUGCGCCAUCAGUGGUAACUGAAAAUGUCUGACAGUCUGGAUAAUGAAGAGAAACCCCCAGCUCCCCCGCUGAGAAUGAAUAGUAACAACCGAGAUUCCUCGGCACUCAACCACAGCUCCAAACCACUUCCCAUGGCCCCCGAAGAGAAGAAUAAGAAAGCCAGGCUUCGCUCUAUCUUCCCAGGAGGAGGGGAUAAAACCAAUAAGAAGAAAGAGAAAGAACGCCCAGAGAUCUCUCUUCCUUCAGACUUUGAACAUACGAUUCAUGUGGGGUUUGACGCAGUCACCGGGGAGUUCACUAACUCCCCCUUCCAGACCUCUCGACCUGUGACGGUCGCUUCAAGUCAAUCAGAGGGAAAAAUGCCAGAUCUCUAUGGCUCACAGAUGUGCCCAGGGAAGCUCCCAGAGGGAAUUCCUGAGCAGUGGGCACGGUUACUCCAAACCUCCAACAUAACAAAGCUGGAACAGAAGAAGAAUCCACAAGCCGUCCUAGACGUUCUCAAAUUCUACGAUUCCAAAGAAACCGUCAACAACCAGAAAUAUAUGAGCUUUACAUCCGGAGAUAAAAGUGCACACGGAUACAUAGCAGCCCAUCCUUCGAGUACAAAAACAGCGUCAGAGCCUCCUUUGGCUCCUCCUGUGUCCGAAGAAGAAGACGAAGAAGAGGAAGAAGAAGAAGACGACAAUGAGCCCCCGCCGGUUAUUGCGCCAAGACCAGAGCAUACGAAAUCAAUCUACACUCGUUCUGUGCUUGAAUCCAUUGCUUCACCAGCAGCACCAAAUAAAGAGGUCGCACCACCUUCUGCGGAGAAUGCCAAUUCCAGUACUUUGUAUAGAAACACAGAUCGGCAAAGGAAAAAAUCCAAGAUGACAGAUGAGGAGAUCCUAGAGAAGCUAAGAAGCAUUGUGAGUGUUGGUGACCCAAAGAAAAAAUACACAAGAUUUGAAAAAAUAGGUCAAGGGGCAUCAGGUACUGUUUAUACAGCGCUAGACAUUGCAACAGGACAAGAGGUGGCCAUAAAGCAGAUGAACCUUCAACAGCAGCCCAAAAAGGAAUUAAUUAUUAAUGAAAUUCUGGUCAUGAGGGAAAAUAAGAACCCCAAUAUUGUUAAUUAUUUAGAUAGCUACUUAGUGGGUGAUGAACUAUGGGUGGUCAUGGAAUACUUGGCUGGCGGCUCUUUGACUGAUGUGGUCACCGAGACCUGUAUGGAUGAAGGCCAGAUAGCAGCUGUGUGCAGAGAGUGCCUCCAAGCUUUGGAUUUCUUGCACUCAAACCAAGUGAUCCAUAGAGACAUAAAGAGUGACAAUAUCCUUCUUGGGAUGGAUGGCUCUGUUAAAUUGACUGAUUUUGGGUUCUGCGCCCAGAUCACCCCUGAGCAAAGUAAACGAAGUACUAUGGUGGGAACUCCCUAUUGGAUGGCACCUGAGGUGGUGACUCGAAAAGCUUACGGUCCGAAAGUUGAUAUCUGGUCUCUGGGGAUUAUGGCAAUCGAAAUGGUGGAAGGUGAACCCCCUUACCUUAAUGAAAAUCCACUCAGGGCAUUAUACCUGAUAGCCACUAAUGGGACUCCAGAGCUCCAGAAUCCUGAGAGACUGUCGGCUGUGUUCCGUGACUUUUUAAACCGCUGUCUUGAGAUGGAUGUGGACAGGAGGGGAUCUGCCAAGGAGCUUUUGCAGCAUCCAUUUUUAAAAUUAGCCAAGCCUCUCUCCAGCCUGACUCCUCUGAUUAUCGCUGCGAAGGAAGCAAUUAAGAACAGCAGCCGCUAGGACUACAAGCCUUACCCCACACCAUCUCCCUCCUGAGUAAGACUGAACUGUGAAACUCUGCGGCAGGAAAGAGGGAGGAAGCAAAGACAGUCAAAUGGGGUGGGGGUGGGGGUUCUUUAACUUUCCAAUGACUAGAAACUUCUUAUAAGCCUUUUUCCUACUCCCUCAGAUUAUGUAAUUUAUUUGUAAGCCUGAAUCGCAGCCCGAACCGGGCAGCAAUGUCGAAGCGGCCGUGAAGUGGCCACUUCUUCCGUGAAGCGAAAGAGCCAGUAGUGAAUCCCCUCGUUUUGUGCAUUCGCUUUGAAGAACACAAGGUUUCUCAAAGAUGCACACUCCCUCUUCAUAGUGUCGUGUUCGUUUUUAAGUUAGAGAGUAGUCCCUCUUGCAUUCGAACCUCCUUCAAAACUCCUUACCCAAAUGUGACGUUCUUCACUUGCACUGUCAUGAGGUGUCCAGAGGAAAAAAAAAAAAAAAAAAAGAUGUCAAAACGUUUUUUUUUUAAAGCAA